UAAAUUUGGUAUUAAAUUCAAGAUUCUAAAUUCAGCAACAUCUACAAAAGACACUCCACAAACAUUUGGCUCCAAUGAUCACACUCAAAUCAAUGACAAUCAACAAUCAGCAAUCAACAAUAAUUGGGCCACAACAAUGGAUGACAUCAUUAUUGAAAAAUCGUUACCAAUAAAUUAUAUGCGAUCACCACCAGUUGGACGACGCCAACAGACUUACAUUGUUAACAACAAUAAUGGAGAUUUGAGUCUGAAUUUGAGUCCACAUGAUCAUAAAAAACGUGAAUCAAAGAAAUGGUCAUUUGGUGGAUUCUUUAGACGUAGAAAAAAAUCUAUUGAGUCUGAUUCAAGUUCACAAGAUGAAAAAGGUGGUGGUUUUAUGUCCAGAAAGAAAAAAUCGUCCAAGAAAUCAUCUUCAACAACAUCCAAAUCCAAAAAGAAAUUAGGUUUAGGUAGCACAUUCGAUCAUAUUGUCAUACAUCCAAAAGAAUAUCAUGGAGACACUGGUAUUAUGUCUGAUCCAAGCAUUAAUUACAACGAUUACACUUCUCCAGCGGCAGUCGUAGCACGACGUAACGAUCAUAAUUUAUUACAUAAUCAUCAAAAUAUAUUUAUCAAUUUACAUAAACAACCGAAUGGAAGUGUGGAAACAUCGAAGAGUAGUCAUGAAUCACUAGCAAAACAAUCUGUGACGCCAUCCUCACAAGCUGGUUCAUAUGGUUCAUUGGAUAGUUCAACGAAGAAACGGCACAGAGAACGUGCUAGACAACGACGUGCAGAUCGAAUACAUAACAACAAUAAUGAGAGUAGCUCUGAUGAAGGUUCUCAACGUUCGACGGCAUCCUCUUUGAUACGUAUUAAAAGUGAUAGUGAUAGUGCUACGAAAUUAUCACGAUCAACCGUAGAUGGUUCGAUUAAUCGUAAAACACGUUCAGCACGAACUGAACGAUAUAUAAAACGUUUGUCACGUGAAGAUGAGAAUAUUUUAAAUAAGGAAGCGGAAAUUGUUAAGAAUCGUCAACGAUCUGUAUCAACAAGUCCAAUUGUUACACAACAUUCGACGGUAUCUUCAAGACCAAAAAUACAUUUACCGUCGACCAUAUCUAGUUCUAGUCAAAUGAAAACGUCUCAUCGAAAACCACCAAUAUUUGGUAGUAAUGGAAGUCAUAAUGAUCUAUAUAGUAAAAGUUUACGAAAUGGUGUUGGAGACGAUCUUGAAUCCCCACCAAUCUUACCUGUACAAAGAACAACACCAGAUAGUUAUUACAUGCCAAAACAAAAGAGUUGGUCGUUCGAGAAUAACAUCCAUCGAGGAAUAUCACCAACAAUGCAUUCUGAUCAAUAUUUUAAUUACUACACUCCACCAAACUACCAUCAACAUCCUACGUCUGCACCUGGACCUGGACCAAGACCUGUAAAUCCACCAACCCCACCACCUAGAGAUCCUCAACGACGUGUAAUUUCACUUGAAAAUACAACCACGUUUCCACGACCAAUGUCGUAUGCAUUUGAGAAUAAUAACCAAAGAAAUAGUUUAGCUGCCUCCACAAAUGCUCAAAAACAUCCAAAUCCAAAUGGUGUAGUUGAUCGUACAUCAAGUAUGCGAUCGAUUAAUGGCAUCUGUAACAUCCCUCAACAACGAAUUAUCGAUCGUAGAGCAAACUCUGAUGAUCAUAUCCAAGAGACAAGUGGACCAAAACGUUAUAUUACACGACAACCACGAAUCAAUCCGAAUGAUCAAGUCAAGUAUCAAUUCUUUACGGAUCAAAUCCCCAGGAGUCGAAAACCAAUUCAUAUUGUACAGAAUGAUAUAUUACACAAUCAAUAUUUAAGUGAUUCACAAGUCGAACAACAUCGGAAUGGAUACGAAAGUCGAUCUCCAAGUAUACAAAGUGUUGCACAAUUCUGGAAGCAAAAAGAAUUAGAAGAAGUACAACGGCGACAAGAAAACAAACAAAUCCAAAAAUCAAAACUACCGAGUAAAAAUCAUCUUAAAUCGGAAACAUCAUCUCCUGCAACAUCGGUUCAUAGUAAUUCACCAGUUGGGGCCACAACAAAUCGACAAAAUUCACCUUCAUCACCGUUUGAUAGUUUAAAACGACGUGACAGUAAUUCAUUUCGACCGUUAUCAAUGGUUUUAGAAAAACCAGAAAAUCAUAAUCCACCUAAACCACCGACGCGUCGUAGUUCAAGGCAAAGUUCAGCAUCUAGUUCGGAAAUGAUUGAUUGGAUCAACGAGGAUAAACCAAAAGUAACAGAAAGUCCAAUACCAGCACCUCGAAUCAGUUUGCAGAACAACGAAACCAUUCCGAAAACAACGCGGAAAAGUACGAAUUUAGAAGAUGCGCUCAAUGAAUUGGAAGAAAUCUAUAAAAGUUUGCAUUUAGGCGAUGAAGAUUUAUUAGAUCGAGCGGAGCGAAGGGAUAUUCCAACAUUUACAGGAAAAACUCCCGAAUUGAAUAGCCGCCUUUCAUCGUCAACGGAAUCAUUUAAUGAAGAUAUGCCAACAAAUCGAGUUAAACGUUCGUCACGACGUUCAGGUGUUCCUGAUAAAAUCACCGACGAUAUGGCGUAUCGAAAAUUACGUAAAAAUGAUUUAUCACCUUCGUAUAGCUCACCGAAAGACAGUAUUUUAUCUCAAGUGAGCUAUUUACUCGCUUCACCUGAUUUGAGUGCAGAACCUGAGCCCUUGGAUCAAACAGACAAUCCAUUCGAUGAAAAAGAACCGGACAUCACUUUGGACGAUGUAGUCUAUCGAAAUUUAAAACAUACAAACAAUCAACUGAAAGUGAUGGAACGUCAACCUCCAUUUGGAAUACCCGUCGGACCAGUCACUGCGGCUCCAAACAGUGAUUAUUUACAUGCAAAACCAGAACAACGGAUUCGAUCACGAUUUAUCCCACAAAAAAUACCCGAUAUUGUUAAGGAUGAUUUGGCAUUUCGAAGUUUACGUAAAGAUCAAAUUAAAGAUCCUUUACUGCCAGAUGAUUAUCGAAAUAACAACGCACCUUCAACCAAUCAUUUGGAUGUUCGGAAAAAACGAGCUGUUCGAUCUCUAUCAGCGAAUUUAUACAAUAUUAUCCAACGGGAUCGAUCCUCGUUCAAUCCAAGCGUAGAAAUGGAAAAAACUAAUAGUUUAACGAAUGUUAUUGGCAAGGAUGCAGUAAAUCCAUCGUUAAGAAUUACAAACGAAAUACCAACUAGCACGGAAACUUUAACGGCAAGUCGAAAUAAUCUAGUGAAUAGUGAUUCCGAAUUAAAUAUUCAACAUCGUCUACGAGUUUAUAUACCACGCACGGCGAAUCAAGAAAGUGAUACAGACAUCGAAAUUACAAUUAACAAGACGUCAUCACCGAGAAAAAUUAGUUUACAAAAUACACCCACACGUGCCAAAUCACCAGUUGUCACCACAAUAAAUUCAGAACUUUCGGAAUUAAAUAAAUCAGAACUAGAAACAUUGUUAAUUAAUUUAGCGAAAGAAACACAAGAGGAAAGUAAAAAAUUGGAAAUUGAAUUGGAGAAAUUCGAAAGAACACCCAAAGAUCAUGUUUCAGAACAUGCAAAAUUAUGUGAGAAACUAUUAGAAUGCGUUGUCGAAAGUACCGAUGUUAUUUCAUCCUCAAGACUUACAUCCGAUAACGAGGAAGCAGCAGAUGAUCGAAAAAUUGAAGAAUUGAAAAAAAUCGAUACAAUAUCAAAUAUGUUAACUGAUAUUGAUUCCACUCAAAUUUGUAAAGAUCUACUAGAAUGUUCUAGAAAUCCAGAAAAGAUUGAUAAUAAUAAUCGAUUACAGGACAUCGAUAAUGCAUCGAGUCAAGUUCAAAUGUGUGGAGAAAUAUUACAACGAGCUAUAGAAAAUAUACCCGAUAAUACGAACCAAAAUCGAUUAAACGCUAUCGAUAAUGUAUCAAGUCAAGUCCAAAUUUGUGGUAACAUCUUAGAACGGACUGUUGAAAAUACCCCCACAAAGAAUAUUACUGAUCGAUUAAAUGAAAUCGAUGAUGUAUCGAGCCAAGUUAAAAUUUGUGGUAAUAUUUUGGAACGAACUGUUGAAGAUAUUCCAGAAAAUAUGAAACAAAAUCGAUUAAACGAUAUCGAUAAUGUUUCGACUCAAGUGAAAAUCUGUGGUAAUAUUUUAGAACGAACCGUAGAAAAUAAACCAGAUCGAUUAAUCAAUAACGAUAAAGUAGAAAAUCUAGAAAAUAUAUCGAAUAACCAAGAAAAUGUUCCAAUUCGAAAAGAUACAACGAAUUUAACACAAUUAUGUGAUAAAAUUGUUGAAUGUGUUGUUCAGAGUACCGAAAUAAUUCCAAUAAAACCGGAGAAAGUUGAGUUGCCACCAUCGGAUGAAGAUGACGAAGAAAUUACAACACAAAAGAUUGCGCUGGCAGCUAUCGAACUGGCAACGAAUAUCGAUAAUGAAAUGGUUGAAGAUUUCGAUAAUAAAUGUCCAGAAUUAGAAAGUACAAUUGCAAAUGUAAUUCUAGUUCGUAAACCGGAUUCACCAUUGGAUUUAAUGUAUAUCGAUUCAGAUCGAUUAUCAAUUGUCAAAUCGGAUGAUUAUGAAAAUUUGGAUGAUUUAAUUGCAUCGCCAACAUUUUCCGAUGGCAAUGACAUGGAUGAAGAGAAAUCAUUAUUUGAAACAGAAAAACAAAAUAUUGUUGAUAAUUUUGUGGCAAUCAAUCAAAGUGAUGAUCAACCGAAAAUUUCGAUGGAUUCUACAAGCACAGCCAGUAAAAAUGAAACGCAAACUAAAGGAUCCACACGCUUAAAUAAUAAUUAUAAAUUGUUGUCAAGAACACGUAGUACAAGUUCGAGCACAAUUCGACCACAAUGUUCGAAUGAUACAAAUCAAAAUCAAAAUGAAUGUACCAGUAGUAGUGGUACCACUUCAUUGUGGUACAAAGAUUCCAAAAUAAUGGCACUAGCAUGUGCUUAUGCAUUCGCUUGCACGCAUCAAUUAGCUGCGCAGGAUUUAAUCACCAUUUUAGGAAUUAUUUUAGCUGUGAUAUCACUUUUAUUUGCAUUAAUUGUAUAA